AUGAUCUUCUUGCUAAUCUUGCUGCAGCUGCUACAACCAGCAUAUUGUCUCUUGGAUGGUGAUAACCAGGCUCUUCUCGACUUCAAGCAAGCCUUGAACAACUCAAGUGUCUUGCGUGACUGGAACGCGAGCAUUAACAUGUGUAGUUGGCCAGGUAUCGUUUGUAAUUCAGCUCACACACACGUUGCUUCCAUCCAGCUUGCUGCCAUGAACUUGGAAGGAAUCCUGUGCUCAGCUGUUGGGCGUCUGCAUCAACUUGAAAGCCUCAAUUUAUCAACCAACUGCUUGGUGGGAAAGAUUCCAGACGAGUUGGCAAAUUGUUCCCAGCUGGAGCUAUUGGAUCUGCAAGGAAAUUCUUUCCAAGGCAGAAUUCCAGCCUCUCUAGGACGCUUUGAAGUUCGGCGAGGACUGAACUUCAACAUUGGAAGAAACUCAUUGCAAUUAAAUCCCAACAUAGAUGCGGUUAGAAAGGUUUUAAGUUUACAACUCCUCGACUUGAGCAGGAGUGAUCUGCAUGGAAACAUUUCAACACUAGACCAGCUCACUGGCUUUAUGACAGCUGUAUCUUCAGAUGCAGGGAAAAUUCCGAUCAAGUUUGAGCUGGAAAGAAGUGGAGCAUCACAAGAUUUCAGCUUCCUCAGCCUGGCGGGAAACUUGUUACAAGGAGAGAUCCCACAACAACUGGGAAAUUUAACAGGCCUUAAGUACUUAAAUCUCUCAAGGAACAGAUUUGAUGGGGAAAUCCCUGUACGGAUUGUCAAGCUUGAUGCCCUGCAAUCCUUGGACCUCUCAGAAAACAACUUCACGGGAGAACUGCCAUGGAACUUGGGUACUCUAUCACUUGGAAUUUUGGAUGUUUCUUACAACAACCUUAGUGGACUGAUUCCUGGCAACUUAAACACCAGAUUUCCAGAUGCGUUUCCACGGGUGGAUUUUCUACAGUGGUGCUGGCAGUGGGUUUUGUGCAGGACUUUCGUUGGUGCUUUUGACAAAUUGCUGGGAGAGAAUCAACCGAAGGGUGGCGAAAGUAGACUGGCUACAGAUUGUUGCUCAGAACAUAAUGAUUUUAAUUUAAUUUGGCAAUUAGGGUAUAUUAGGCGUAUAGAGGAGCCAGGCAAGGUUGGAAGCCCAAGGAUUACUCCCUUGCAAACAAUGUUAUCAAAGCCCGUCUAUAGGUGA